AAUCCGUCACAUCUCACGCGUUUCUCUCGCUCUUCUACAUUUCCCCUCCUCACAUUCUCUCUCUCUCUCUCUCUUUUCUCUUACUAUAAAGCCUCGUGUUCCCUUCUUCCCAUUCUGCACCUCUAUCCCUCACUAAUUUCAAUACUGCCACUGAUAAAAUAAAAAAGUUUCACCGAACAAAACAAAGAGAACCGAAAGAGUAUGGCGGAGGAGUUGUUGGCUAACGAAGAGAGGCUAACUCGGACUGACUCAGCUGAGAAAAAGCGAGUCAGGGACGAGUCUGACGACACGGUUAUUGACUCCCCCGAGGUGAAGAGGCUCAGAGACGAUUUAUUCGAUGUUCUCGAUGACUCGGAUCCUGAACCGGUGAGUCAAGAUCUCGACUCGGUCAUGAAGAGUUUCGAGAACGAGCUAUCUUCCACGGUUACCACGGCGCAAGGAUCCGGCGAAACCCAGCCGGAUCUCGGCUACCUUCUCGAGGCUUCCGAUGACGAGCUUGGUCUGCCGCCGGUUUCUCCGGUUCCCGUCGCGAAGGAGGUGGAAACGACGGAGACGUUAACGGAUCUGGUGCGAGCGUCGUCGGAUUCGUCAGGAGUCGAAGAGCUAUGGGGGUUCGAGGAUCAUUUGUCGAAUUACGGCUCGUUAGAUUUCGGUUCCGGCGUCGGAGAUGGUGGAGAUUACCUCGCCGUAGAGGGGCUCUUUGAAUUUUCCGAUGAUGGUUUCGAUGCCGGCGAGCUAUUUUCGUGGCGGUCGGAGUCUUUACCGGCGGAAUAAAAACUUUUCGGAGUUUUUUAACUGACGUGAAAAAUGAUAAAACGAUGCCGUUUUGUAAAGCGUGUGGCUGCCAUGUCGUUUUUUUACCCCCUAUCAUUUUAUGGUAGAUUGUUAAUUUUCUAUUGAUUAAUUAUUAGGAUUAGGAAAGUAUGUUUUUUUAUUAGGAAAGUUAAAUACUUUGUUAGUGGGGGUAAUUUUCUAGAUUAAUAUAAUCGAAUUCGUUUGUUUGUUCUUCCCAGAUCUUUAAUAGUUUUUGUUGAUGUGGAAAAUUAUAUUAAUAUGAUAUACACCCUGCCAAA